AGAGGAGAGGGGCACAAUCAAUUUCACACAGAAGAGGAGGGAAAAAAGGGCACAAGUAGAAGAGAGGAAGGAAGAGAGAAAAAAAGGGACGCAGGGAGGUUCCAGAGGAGAGGAGCCUCACCGUGGAGAGAGGAGAAACCUACAGAAACCUACAGAAACAUACAGGAGGGCGUGACACAGAUUUAAGCCAAAAAGAAGACAAGGAGGACUAGAGACAUAUGAAGCAAGGCUGAGGCUUCUAACACGAGAAGCAAAGCCUGACACCUGCUCAGUUCAGUGUGUGUGUGCAUUUCACCAUUCCUGUGUGAGCAGGUGGGACUUUGAUGGCACUGUGAGCGAUGCCUCGCACACAGCAACAGCAGGUUUGCAGUAGGGGGCAGCGCUCCUCCCACCUCCUCCCCCUUGUCCUCACCCUCCUCUCCCUCCCAGCCCAGCCCAGCCGAGCAGCCAUUCAGAUACCCUCCAACUACCACAUAGGUGAUCACAAGAAGCCUCCUGAGAUCACCAAACAGCCGGAGUCUGCCACCGUCUUCAGCCCCGAGGACUUCUCUUUGAGCUGUGCAGCGUYUGGCAACCCUCUGCCCAUUUUUCGAUGGACCAAGGAUGGGGAGGAGUUUGACCCAGGCACUGACCCAGAGCUUAAGGUUACGGAGAAAAUAGGCUCAUUUGAAUUCUCCGUGGUCAGUGAUAGUAUGGACACGCUGAAGCAGUACCAAGGCAAAUACGUCUGCUAUGCAUCCAAUGAGCUGGGGACAGCUGUGUCUAAUGAGGCCAUAGUCGGGACUGAUGUCCCCCCUUCCCAGCAGAAAGAAAAAAAAGUUACCAUGAAAGCUGACGAGGGAAACAGUGUUGUCCUGAAGUGUAACCCCCCACAGAGCUCCAUGGAGCCCGUCAUUCACUGGAUGGAUGAGAAGCUGCGCCAUAUCCAGCUCAGCAAAAGGGUGGUGGUGGGGAAGGAUGGCAACCUAUACUUUGCUUAUCUGACAGUUGAAGACAGCAGGGACGACUACACCUGUAACGUCCAGUACCUGGCAACACGAACAAUCCUGGCAAAAGAAGCCAUCACCCUGAGGGUCAACCCCUCCAAUUCAGUACUGCGGAACCGGAGACCGCACAUGAUGAGACCUACUGGAAGCAACAGCACGUACCACGCCCUCCGGGACCAGACCAUAGAGCUUGAGUGCAUCGUCCAGGGCCACCCAACUCCUGAGAUUACGUGGGUAAAGAAGAACGGUGAGCUGUUGGAAUCCCGUGCCAAGAAAGAAAUGUUUGGCCGCCGCCUGCGCCUCAGUAAUAUCACAGAAAGUGACAGCGGGGAUUACCAGUGCAUAGCUCAAAACACCCAGGGGAAAGCCAUACACACAUACAGUGUGACAGUGGAAGCUGCUCCUUAUUGGAAAAAGGUACCAGAGAGUCAGAUUUAUGCCCCAGGUGAGACAGUCAAACURGACUGUGAAGCGAAGGGUACCCCCUCUCCCACGAUGACCUGGACCAUUAAUGGAACCCCCCUGUCAGCAACUGAUAAGGACCCCAGACGAGUCGUGACAGCAGAUUCAUCACUGAUUCUCAGUGAGGUCAUCUUUGGAGACACUGCCAUCUACCAGUGCCAAGCCUCCAACAAACAUGGAACCAUCCUCACCAACACAUAUGUAUACGUCAUUGAGCUGCCUCCUCAGAUCCUCACUGAAGACAGGAAACUGUAUGCGGUUACUGAAGGACAGAAAGUUUUUCUGGACUGUGAGACCUUUGGCUCUCCUAAACCUAAAGUCAUAUGGGACAGUGAGGCAUCRUCUCUUCUGGCAGAUCCAAGGRUAAACCUACUCACCAACGGGGGGCUUCAGAUCUCAAAUGUCACCCACGAAGAUAAGGGUCUCUACACCUGCUAUGUACAAAACACCAACUUGUCAAUCAGUGCAGAGCUGGAGGUGUUCAACAGGACAGUGAUUCUGUCACCACCCAAGAAUCUGAAGGUGCAGCCUGGACACACAGCAGUCUUCACAUGUGUGGCCCAUUAUGAUGCCAGUCUCAAAGUUCCCAUCAUUCAGUGGAGGAAGAACAAUACAAAGCUGUCUGAAUCCUCCAGCAGUGAAAAAUACACAUUUGAUGGGUCAGAAUUCAGAAUAUCUAAUAUGGAACCAGACGAUGAGGGACUCUACACCUGUGAGAUCAUCACAUCGCUGGACCAGGCUGUUGCAAGCGCAAUGCUUGUUUUAUGUGACCGACCAGACCCUCCGGUCCUUCUGCAGAUCUCUGAUUCUGGUGAUCGGGAAAUCACUCUCAGCUGGACUCCUGGUUACGACCACAACAGCCCUGUUCUAGAGUAUGUUGUGGAAUUUGAGGACCAAGGUUUGAAAGGGAAAGGUUGGGAAGAGCUGAAAAGAGUAGGAGGAAAUGAGGAGAGUGCUGUCCUCCGCCUGUGGCCUUAUAUAUCCUACCGUUUUCGGGUCAUUGCCAUCAAUGAAGUGGGCAAAAGCGACCCGAGCAAGCCAUCUGAAAUCUACAACACACCUGCCGAAGCUCCAGAUAAAAACCCGGAGGACGUCAGGAGUGAGUCUGUAAACCCAGAUACUCUUCUCAUCACCUGGGAGAAAAUGGACUACCAUAACUUCAAUGGACCUGAUUUUAAGUACAAGGUCCAGUGGAGGAGAGCGGUGGGCAGUGGGCCUAAGUGGCAUGAGAGCAACACGACAGAAUCCUCCUUGGUUGUCAGCGGUGUUGGAAAUUUCUCUGCCUUUGAAAUUAAAGUUCAGGCUGUUAAUGCGUUUGGGGAAGGACCUGAGCCAGACCCGGUCAUUGGCUACUCAGGAGAAGAUGUUCCACUUGAAGCGCCGAUGGAUGUGGGUGUUGAAUUGAUAAGCAGCACAACAAUCGAAGUGAAAUGGUUCGCUGUGGACAGAGAGUCGGUCAGAGGACACCUGCUGGGAUACAAGCUAUAUGUAACCAGAAAAGGCUCCAGGGGCCACCACCGAGGCAGGAGGUCCAGAGAGUCCGAGAGCACCAUGGUGAAAGAGACUGGACCCAAUGAAGACAAGACGAUCAUCAGUAAUCUCAGACCGUACUCCCACUACGUCCUGAGUGUCACUGUAUUUAACAAAAAAGGAGAGGGACCUCCAUCUGAGCCAGUGGCCUUCAAGACUCCAGAGGGAGUACCUGGUCCUCCGACAUCCUUGAUCUUGGACAGCCCCUCAGAGACAGAAAUGACCCUGCGUUGGACACCUCCAGAGCAUCCCAACGGCGUCCUUACUGGAUAUCUACUUCAGUACCAGUGGAUUACAGAGAGUGACGACGGGCCCUUGCAGGUAAAGAAGAUAGAUGACCCCACAGCCACCAACUUCACCGUACAGGGCCUGGACCGUCACAGGCAGUAUUCUUUUUACCUGAGGGGGUGCACAUCUGCUGGGGAGGGAGAGUUCAGCAUGAUGACGGGGGCCACCACACUGGAAGGAGCCCCCCCUGACAACAUCAACGUGUCUGUAGGGGAAAACUUGGUAAAUGUCAGCUGGGUGGCCAAGAAAAGACACAGGAAUAUUGAUUUCUACAUUCACUAUCUGAAGAAGAAUGAUGGCAGCAAAUCGAAGAAGUCGGAGAAGGUGAACUCCUCUCAGUCCUUCUAUCAGCUUCAGGGUUUGAGUCCCGGCUCUCACUAUGUCCUAAAACUCAUCUAUGGCAAUAUCACAUUUUGGGAUGGUGAAAUCAACACAGCAGGAACAGAAGUGACAGAGGUGCAGCAAAGCAUCGCAACGCAGGGCUGGUUUAUCGGAGUUGUGAGUGCCAUCGCACUGCUGUUGUUGAUUCUGCUCAUCCUCUGUUUCAUCAGAAGAGGUAAAGGAGGGAAGUACUCAGUGAAAGAUAAAGAAGAGGGUCCGAUGGACUCAGAAGUUCGACCAAUGAAGGAUGAAACUUUUGGAGAAUACAGAUCUCUAGAAAGUGAUCUUGAGGAGAAGCGGACAGCCAGCCAGCCGUCUUUGUGUGAGGAGAACAAGCUCUGCAGUGAGGACACCCUGAACUUUAAUGGCAGCAGUGCCAUAACCACGGAGCUCAACAUGGAUGCAUCUCUGGUCAGCCAGAUCAGCCGUCCCAGCGAGGGGUUCCAUAGCAUGCCUGAAAACACCCCGCUAAACCCCAACUCCAUCUCCUCAGCCUCCAACGGCAUGCCCAACUCAGUUAAUAUCCUCAAUUAAACCCCAAACAUCCACCAGGGACCGUCAGACCAAAAUCUGUCAACACGUUUGUGCCCAUGCUCUCUCGCUCCCCUUGAACCUGCUGUUUAUUUUGACAUCCAAUGCAAAAUCAGUUACUGACUACUCGGACGCCCUCAGCAGUCAUCCGACUGAUUAGACUAUUGUGACCAAAGGAGUGUCCAAAGUGGUGGACAUGCGACACAAGUCUGAUCUUCUGUCAUUUAUGUAGUUUCCAGCUAGUUCAACCUGUCUUUACUUCAUCCCAUUUUGUCGUUUUUUUUUGCUCCUUCAGCAAACAAAUGAAAUAUAAACAGAAUGUUGUAAGUUUGAAAUAUCAGGGUGUGUUGUCAGGCAGAGAUGCAAAGCAGUGCAUUAAAUAAAACUGGAGGAUGAUGGUGGAGCCCAGGAGAGGCAAACAAACUGCAUACAUCUUAUUUAUCGUUUGUGUGUAAUUUGUAUGUCCCAUGMCAUUUAUUGGCUCACAUUGUACUCACUAUUGACAUUUUUAAUUUAUUUAUUAUUUUUGUAUCUGUGCUUAAAACACACAUUUUUAUUUACUAUCAUUUUCAUAUUUAUAUCAAGCUUGUGGCUUUUUUAUUUAGGAUUUUUAAUAGAUCAAAAUGGUUUCUUUGAAAUCCAGGCAUAUAAUUAGGUUUGAGGGGGACUUGCUGUGAAGACACGGAGCAGCAACUGGUGUAUAUAGCUGCAUCACUGCAUCUACAUCUAUCWAUUCAGCCGUAAUACAGUAUUAUAGAUAUGGAAUUGCUCCUAAGUUCCUGUGCCUGCCGGGUCUGCAUAAAGCAUCAGACUGAUUUCAUUACAAUCUCGCCUUCAUACCAUAAGUGUAACGUCAUUAUUGGAAAUGAAAAUUGUACUUUUUGUUGUUGAGACCUAUGUGUAAGCUCUGUGUGACMGUCUUGUCUCCUUCUUUGGUGUAUUAAAACACUGUUGCGUCUAAUUAACAAUCUUUUUAUACCUGUUCAUCUCAUUCUCCUCAAUCUGAUUGAACAGCAGUAUUUUUUGAAGRUUAGAGUGUGCCGUUUCUUAGACACUCUCUGAAGAUUUAAGUUUUCAAACUUUAUCAAUGCAAGCUAGAUUGUGUAGACAAACAUAACAACGGCUGGGUGAAGUGGUGGUUCACAUUUUAYGAAGCAGAGUUUUGUGGAAGGGUUGUGGUCAAUUACAGACAGGUACCUGUUGUAGAUACAACCUCAAAACAGAGUUUGAUUCUGACCAGACUGAUGAGCUAAUGGCUAGUCCGAGUGGAGCCAAGACCAUAAAAGGGUCACUGCAUCUUAAAACAACACUGAUCUCAAAAGUUUCAUCAUGGUUCAUUAAAAUAUUAUUUUACAAACUUUUACAUCCCUGUCAGUUUCGCAUUAUUUAGUUAUUUAUGUAUAAUUCUAUGGUUAUUAGUAUUGCCCAUAGCAGCAGCAGCUAGCUAUAGCAUUUUCUGUAGAGCCUGAGCRAUUAAGGCAUUAAGCUGGAAUGCUUGUGUAAUUGAUGGGACUGUAAAGACAAAACAAAACAGUGUUCACUUGAGCUUAGCCCUGGUCAGGUUAGCCGUUAGCUCAUCAACUCUCCUAACUGAAGUAAACAGCUACCUUAUCUACAACAGGUAAGAUAUUAAGUGUUCAAAAAAUGUUCACAGAACUAACUUUGAACAAUUUGAACUAUCACUUUAAGUUAUGAUGGAGGUGAACUGUUGGUAUUUAGAUGAGCGAAUGUAUUGUUUUCAGGGUGAGGUAGAUGUUGCAUUUCUGUGCUUUUAAUCUGAGGAAAAACAGGACUCCGCAGAGAUGAGAAAUGUUUUAAGUAAAGUGGGAAGGGACAUUUUUUUCACAGAGUGUAAAUAGAACCCUCAAAGAGCCAUGUUUGAUAGAAAAUUUUUAAAAUAAGCAGGUUUAAAAUCACUGAUCAUUUUAAAACGUUUCAAGUUGAAGAUUUUCCUUCUUCUGUGCUAUUGCUAUGAAUUCAAACAUUGUGUUUUUGAUAAAUGACUGCAGUGAGAUUUUGGUGUAGCAAAAAAAAUUGUUCAUAGGCUACUGUAGUUGAAGAACAAAAAAAUUUAAACUAAACAAAAAAAAAUCCAAGUUCUGUAGAUGUUUGCAAACAAAAUUUGAGAAUCAAGAAUACUGUAUGUACAUUAGUGUCAUUUAGUGAAAGUAGGUACAUCUCACUGAAAGCUAAGUUAGCGUUCAUGCAUAUGAUCGUCCAGCAACAUGUUGCAGUGCAGUGAAUAUCUGUGGAGUUUUAAACAUGAUGCAAUUAUGCGGGGCAGAGCUAAAGUAAGCAAAUUAAUGCCCCCCUUAAAGCACUGCUCUGACAGAACAUCAGCUGACACAUCCUGAGGCAGUAUGAAGCAUCUAAAAUAAGGCUAGAAUCACAGAAGUUGUGUCCAAGUUUCUURAUUUUUGGACAAAAAGACACACUCAGGACAUUAAAAAAUCUAUUUUCAUACAGGACAGAUGAAUGAUUCCAUUUAUGCCAAUAUUUUAGCACGACUCUCUGCUGCCAAACAUCUGUGUUUGUCAGUGUUCGGGGCAAAUGUUAGCUCUGAAUGGGGAAUGAGUGUACACACUCACAGAUACUCACUCCACUGCUACUCACUCUUUGCUUUUUUUUUUUUCGUAUUUUGAUGGAAUUCCAAAGUGAAUGCUGGCCUUUGCUUUUCCACUGUUGCUAAUGUUUCCCCCUCUGUUUUUAUAAUUAAAAUGGAAAGAAAAGAAUUUAUUUGAACACAAAUUGAUAUGUUUCAAAAGAAGCUUUGUUUGUCAAGUGAUGAAAGAAAAGUGAUGAAACAUGAAGGGGUAAGACGUGUGUGUGCCACUGACAGCGGGGGGAGAUGUGCCUAGUUGUGGUGUGUUGGUUAGCACAGUGAUGAUGCCUUUAUGUACACGGGGUGUUUUGACAAGAGACGAGUGCAGAAGCGCCGCAGAUGAGGCAAAGAUUUACUAACUGCUUAAUGAUUCUAACACUGUAACUGGAUCUAUGACUGAAAAAUAAUAAAAAAAAUCAAACACUGAAAAAUA